AUGGCCAGCACUAGGGUCAUUGGUGCUGCAUUCUUGGUUUUGCUGCUUGUGGAGCUCUCCUUUGCUGCUAGACCGUUAAAGGCCAAUGGGGGUGGUAGUGGCGGCGGCGGCGGCGGUGGAGGUGGUGGAGGGGGUGGUUCAGCCUCUGGGUUCGGGUCUGGGUAUGGUUCGGGGCGUGGGUAUGGGGGUGGUUCAGGGUAUGGUAUUGAAGGUGGAGGCGGAGGCGGUGGAGGUGAAGGAGGCGGCGGUGGUGGUGGACACGGUGGUUCUGGGUCUGGAUAUGGGUCCGGUAGUGGUUCUGGUUAUGGGUCUGGUGGUGGGAAAGGAAGAGGUGGAGGUGGAGGAGGCAGCGGUGGUGGUGGUGGGGGAGGAGGUGGUGAAGGCUCGAGUACAGGAAGUGGGUCAGGUUAUGGAAGUGGAAGUGGAAGUGGCUAUGGUAGCGGAGGUGGCAAGGGCGGUGGUGGUGGGGGAGGCGGAGGAGGUGGUGGUGGCGGUGGUGGUGGAAGCAGCCAUGGUGGUGGUAGUGGCUCUGGUUACGGGGAGGGUUAUGGGUCUGGAUAUGGUGAAGGAGGUGGGAAUGAUUCACCAUGA